CGACUCUAUCGCUGGCUGCUAUCUUUCCAGGAUUUGGUAAUGUCACAAGUCUGCCGACAGAACAGUAGUUCAAGGUUGAGACAAGGUUUUGGAAUGUCCAUAUCUUCAGGAGAUGGAGUUGAAUGUGGCAGUAAAUGUACCUAUGUAUAGCUUUAAGCUGCAGGACCGCUAUGAGCUGCUGGCUUGGCUAAAUGAAACUUUACAGACGGGCUUCACCAAGGUGGAGCAGAUAUGCACAGGUGCAGCCUAUUGCCAGUUGAUGGACUGGUUGUUUCCUAAGUGCUUGGACCUCUCCAGGGUUCGGUUCCAAAGCAACGAUGAGGUGGACGUUAUCCACAACUACAGUUUACUGCAAGCUGCAUUCAGACAAGUUGGAGUGUUACGACACAUCCCCGUCGAGGAACUGAUGAAGAGGAACUCCAAGACGUCUCUCAGCUUCCUGCAGUGGUUUAAGGCGUUCUUUGACAAGAACAAACCCGAGGGCAGGGAGUACCAUGCCUUGGAGGCCAGAGGUGGACAGAGAAUGGCCCCUGCUGACUCAGAUGGUCAUCCACCCCCUCCUCAGAAACUGGAGAUCAUUGUGAAGAUGAAGGGCAAAAAGAGUUUGGACAAGAAGGCAGAUAUGAUAGUAUUAAUAUCCGAUGAUGAUGAUGAUGAUGUGAAGGCUGUGGAAGUGGAGCUGAAAACAGAGGAAAAGGAGACAACUGUGAAAGAAGAGGCGCAGGGGAUGAAAGUGGAGCAAGCAGCAGCAACAGCAGGGGCAGAAGGAAAUGAAGGGAGCAGUGAUACUUUUUUGGAAGUCAUCAGAAGAUAUUAUAGUGACGCUGUGGAUGCAAACCUAAAUACGAGUACAAACGCUAGGGAUUCUGACACAAAAAUUGCUGCCCUCUUGAGUCCAGACCACUUCACGGACACCAUUCAGACCUGCUCAGGCUUGCCGUACUGCCUCUACCUGUAUGUGGGUGUGGAGCUGGGUGGAGGACGGAACAUGAGUGUCGUCCUCGUUGGCUACUUUGAUGAGAGAUCAGGGGUCAGUGUGGUGAGGCCACUACUCAUGCUGCAGAUGAGCAUUGAUGCUGUUGAUUCAGAAACCUCAGUGGAUUUGGACUCUGACACGAUCACAGACACAGAAAUUGCAGAUAAUGAUGCACGCCUUCUGAUUGAGAAGCUGGAGGAAUGUGGACUUCCUCUGCCCAACCUUGCUGCGUUUUACUGCAACGCUCCACACCCAAAGGUGAGCAAGGUGUUUGUAUCCAAGCUCCAGGCGUUCAGUCCAAGGUUAGUAUCACUCUGUGGCCAUCCUGGGGUGGCAGGAAGAGCCUGCCAGGCCGGACUCUUGGCUUCCUUCAGUUGCGUGGUUGACCUGGUUAGAGACAUCCACUAUCACUUCUAUACCUGCCCCUCCAUCAGUGACAAUCUGAAAGGGCUAUUUGCUGAGUCUUAUAACCCGUCUCAUCCUAUGUCUGCACAGUGUUUGUUUAUCAUUCAUGCUGUGAAGAACAUAGCCAGCAAGUGGAGGCUUUUAGUGGACUAUUUUAAGUCACUGAGGCAAACGGAGGAUGCCAACCAGAUCAGAACCCGGCUAAUGGAUCAUAAAGUCAAACUACGCUUUAUAUUCCUCUCCCACAUUUUGGAGCCGCUCCGAGCUCUCCAAGCGCUGCAGGAGAGCGGCACAAUUGUCGUGGCUAUGGAGCUCCAGAUGACCUCCAUGCUCGUUCACUCCUACACAGCCAGUCUCCUCCGGCCCACAGUUGCAGAGCGCUUUCUCUGGAACCGCGACCUGCGCCUUCUCCAAAACACCUCCAAGCUGCUCCCCUUAUCAAUGGUGCAAGUAGGUGCUCGUGCCAGAGAAUUCAUGUGGGCAACCGCUGUCGUGGAUCUGGGAGAACAGGAGAGGAGGGAUUUCCAGAGGGAUGCAGCGGCUUUCUAUAAAGCGGCACUGCAGAGUUUAGCGCAGAGUCUUCCUGAGCAUCUUGGAGAGGUGGCGCUGAGGAAUAUCAGCCGAGUGCUGAAACAUUCUGAUAACAUCAAUGUUAAUAAAUUGUCCAAGCCUGAGCUGUUAGAGUUGGGGGUUCAGUUGGGGGUUCCUCAAGGUCAGUUACACACUGCCUACCAAGACUACACCAGUUUCAUUCGGACAGUAAGACAGGAACAGAUUCAUUGCUGGGCAAAGAUGUUGCAUGCCACGAGGCCGCAGUCUGCUCUGCGUAAACUCUUGCUGAUCAUCCUGGCCUUGCCAAGCUCUCUUUGCAGGACGCAGGUAUUUUCUAAGGUGUUCAACAAGGCUCUUCCUAACAGCGAGGAAACCCUCAAAGCCACACUGCAGCCAUGCAGUUGGGAAGGAAUACCCCGCAUCAAGAAAAUAAGGCACCCAAAUCAGGCAGGUCAUGAUAGCAAGAAGUUGAGAAGAGAAGAAAGAGAAGAACAGAAGAAAGAGGAGAAAGAAGUAAAAAAAGAGGAUGACGAUGAUGUUGAGGUCAAACCCAGACUGCAUCUUCCUCCCAGAUGCUCCAGUAGUGCAGAGGACUCGGAAAACACAGACAAUUCUUCUGAUGUGGUUGAUGUCACCGAAGAUUCCAAAAUGACCAGCAGACUGAUAAAAGCACAAAGUCUUGCAGGUCAAAGAGCUCAACAGGAAGAGCAUGUAGUCAUUGUGAGCUGUGAUGACACUGAUGAUGACGUGGUUUACACAAACACACAGCCCACCCCUGCCGAAAAACCUACUUAUGCGGUGGGUGAGCUGGUCUGGGGUCAGGUGGAGUUCUUCUCUCCCUGGCCAGCAAUCAUUAUACCGUGCAAUGAAGAGAAUCCAAAUCCAGAGACGAGGAUGGUGGAGUGGUACUCUCAGAACAUGUCCUCUCAGGUCGCUUUGCAGGCUCUGAAACCAUUCGCUGCCUUCACCCAGAACUUCUGUUCGAAGUCUUGUGCCAUUCUCAUCACCUACCGAGAAGCCAUCUUCUUGUCCCUUCAGGAGGCAGCUCUGCGUUGUAAGAAGCAGUUUUCAGCACAACUCGGGGACAGAGAUGAGCUGCUGAAACAAAUGUUAGACUGGGCCUUUGGAGGCUUUCAACCCGAGGGACCAGAUGGACUCAAACCAACAGCUGCCACAAAUUAUGUUACUAAAACAAACAGCAGACCAAAGGUGAGGCAGAAGCCCUUCCAGAAGGCCAGCUCCUCUUCCAAUUUCAACUCCUCCAGCAAGAGCAACAUCAGCGACAUUGAGCCAGAAGAAAUGUCAGUCUCGACGACCAAACCGCAGUGCAGCUUAAUGGAGAAGUCCUCCCCCAGAGGUGGAGGUGGAAAAACAUGGGAAGCAUGGCAAGAAGAAUUUGAUUUUGCAGAGAACAGCCCCAGAGGAGUCCUGAAGGAGAAGGGAUCCAGAGGAGGAUGCACAGCAGAGACGGGAAGACAAGAGAAGGAAGGAUGGGAGGGAGAGAGAGAUGACUGGGGAGGAGGGUUGGACAAGGGGAAAGGAGCGGGCAGAGGAAGGGGUAAAGGAGGGAAGGUUCAGAAGAAGAAAUUUAGUCUAUUUGAUGGAAUUGAUGACGACAUGUCACCAGACUUUGUGCCUUACAAGAAGAGGACCUACAACAAAUCUUACAAUAAGGUCCAUGCGCCAACCAGCACCUACACCCAGCCGGACCAAAAACUCAGAGAGGAGACCAUUCGUCGGAUCAUGGACAUGAAGCUGGACAUAGACGGCUUCUGUUUGUGUUGUGGAACUGAAGAAGUUGAGAUUCACCACCCUCUGUUUAAAGGCAGCCUCUGUCUGGAGUGCAAAGAUAACUUAAGAGAAACUCUGUAUCGUUACGAUGAGGAUGGAUAUCAGUCCUACUGUACCAUCUGCUGCUACGGCAUGGAGGUCAUACUGUGUGGCAACGAUAGCUGCAGCAGAUCAUAUUGCGCAGAUUGUCUGAACAUCCUCGUCAGUCCGGGGACGUUUGAGGCGUUGAAGCUGCUCGACCCGUGGAACUGCUACUUGUGUCAGCCUCAUCAACCCCACGGUGCUCUGACUCCCAGACAGGACUGGAGCAUUCGUGUUCAGGAGUUAUUUGCCAACAACAGUGGCAUGGAGUUUGAGCCUCAUCGUGUUUACCCAUCCAUCCCUGCAAACCUGCGCAGACCGCUCCGAGUUCUCUCACUGUUUGAUGGCAUAGCAACAGGCUACCUGGUGCUGAAGGAUCUCGGCUUCAAAGUGGAGAAAUAUGUUGCCUCAGAGGUUUGUGAGGAUUCACUUGCUGUGGCGGCCAUCAAUCACGAUGGGAAGAUCAUCCAUGUUGGUGACGCCCGGUACAUCACCCAGGAACAUAUCGAGGAGUGGGGUCCGUUUGAUUUGCUGAUUGGUGGCAGCCCCUGUAACGACCUCUCCAUCGUCAACCCGUUCAGAAAAGGCCUCUAUGAGGGAACUGGCAGGCUGUUCUUCGAGUACUACCGCAUCCUCCAGCUGCUGAAGCCUAAAGAGGAAGACCCCAGGCCGUUCUUCUGGCUGUUUGAGAAUGUGGUCUUCAUGAACACGCAUGACAAAGUCAACAUCUGCCGCUUCCUUGAGUGUAACCCAGUGCUGGUGGAUGCAGUCAAAGUUAGCCCUGCUCACAGAUCACGUUACUUCUGGGGAAACAUCCCAGGGAUGAGCAGGCCCAUUACAGCGUCCCAGAACGACAAGCUGAAUCUCCAGGACUGUUUAGAGAUCGGCAGAGAAGCCAGGGUCACGAAGGUGAGGACGAUCACCACCAAUCCAAACUCUCUGAAGCAGGGCAAAGAUGUGUCUCUGCUGCCUGUCAUCCAGAACGGCAAAGAGGACAUCCUCUGGAUCACUGAACUAGAAAAGAUCUUUGGUUUCCCCAAACACUACACGGACGUGAGGAACAUGAACCGGCAGCAGAGGCAGAAGGUUCUGGGGAAGGCCUGGAGCGUGCCGGUCAUCCGUCACCUCUUCGCUCCUCUAAAGGAUUAUUUUGCCUGUGAGGAGCUGCCUCCUUUGACCACCUCCAACUCCUCCACCACCUCCUCCACCUCAUCAUCUUCCCCUGCCUCUCCAGAACCACAGCAACUGAGAUAGGGGAGGUAUUGUUUUAUAUAGUAUAGUAUAGUAUGUACAGGAAUGUGUGUGUGUUUGUGUGGAGAGGUAUUUUUCCCACCACAUGUCAUAUAAGAACUUGGUGGAACAUAAAUGAACUAUGCAGUCUCCUACCACUUCAGAAAGCCAGCUUACAGAAAGGUUUUUGUGGAACACUGACACUGAGCCAUUUUGUUUGCUGUUCACUUGAGUCUCUUGCAUUGUGUCACACAGGCAGUUUGUGUACACAGCCACCAGUCACUGUGGCCUUAGAGCUGCAAAAAAGGCAGAUCAUACUUCCUCUUGUUAGUGGCCUAACUCUGCUAAUGUUCCUCCUGAACCUUUCCGCUGACAGGAGUUAAAAGGCACUAACGAUCCUGUCUUUUUUUCUCAUGAAUGCUACUGACAAGCAGCACAUUUCAGCUUGCAAGGCUAAAAAAGACCAGACCCAGACUGCAGCUGCUGUGAGAGGCAGCAAAAUAUCCUUUCAUUUUAUAGUUACAGUUUACUAAUAAA